UCCUUCUCUCUGGCUCGAAAAAAGAUUGUUCACUACACAAGUUACGACAGUAGAAAAAGAGCGAAUGCCGCGUUUUUAAUUGGUGCUUAUCAGGUAUGCCUUCUUUUACGAUAACUUUUACAACUUCAUGUCUUGCCUGUAUAUGUACUUUUGUGCAACAGGGUUCGUAGCGGUCUUUGAAAUCCUUGAAAGUCUUUAAAUUUGAAUGCAGGUCUUUAAGGUCUUUGAAAAGUCUUUGAUGAAUUGUGUGAAAAAGCGAAGAAAGUCUUUAAAAGUCUUUAAAUUCUUUAGUGAGUAUUUGAUUAUACGAUUUCCUAGCUAAUAAAAUAGAUUGAUUGAAGCAAGAUUUUCGCAAAUAUCGACGAAAAGGCGCAUUUUAGGAUGUGAUUUGACGGGACUAAUUAUUGGGUAAAAAUGUUGCUUUCACUUGCAAUUUUUCGACAGCUGAUUGCUCUCAAAGGUCUUUGAAAAGUCUUUGAAAAUAGGCAGCAAAAAUCUUUGAAAGUCUUUGAAUUUUUUUGGUCUUGGAGACUACGAACCCUGUAAAUAAUUUUCAGUUAGCCGGAGCAGGUUUGGGACUGCAUAGCUUGCGAGUUUCGAUUUGGGAGCCACCAGAUUUGCAGUUGGCUCCAGUCUCCUGCAGGUAACGUUAACGUGGUUACCUCGGACCCCAACAUCAUGCAACCAUGCUUCAUGUGGCACAUGGUGAGAUGUUAAUAAUUAGAAAAGCAAUAGAAGAUAUCUUUCCUCAGGGGUAGUUGUUCUACUGUGAGAACCUAUAUUUCCAUUAUGUAUAUUAUUUUAUUCCAUGCAUACUAUUAGGGCUUAAAAGUACACAUCUGGUAAAAGCUGUCGAGUUGUAUUAAUUAAUAUUCCAAAACGCAUGCACGUUGUAUCCAUAUGGCAUAUAUUAAGAUGUUAGUUCUGCUUCCUGCAGAAGCAUCACCUACAAUUCUCUGCGUGUACGCACGUAUGAAAAACGCUUAAUUGGAGAGCUGCCUUUUGCAAGUUUAAUGUACUAAAUAGUUUCAAUAUUCUUAAUUGACAGGUCAUUUAUCUCAACAAGAAACCGGAUGAAGCUUAUCAACCUUUGAUUAGUGGUUGUUCCCCACCAUAUUUACCUUUUAGGUGAGUAAUACACUGAGAAAAAAUAGUGAAAUCCAUGCUAUGGAAUUUUUCAAUUGCAUCACUGUAAAACCAUAGUGUAUAUCCAUAUUAUUUCCAUACUAUAUCCAUAGGGCCACAUAAAAUAAAUUCCUUGAUUCUCAUCACUACACUUUGAAAAUGUCAAAGAGGCGGGAGGUUUAUAUUUUAUAUUUACAAACCGAAAUAAACAUAUUCAAUUACACAUUUCUGCAAUUUAUCCAAUGAAAUUUCUUUCAAGAUUCUGUUUGUUUGAAAUCGGCAGUUUAAAAUGGCACUGAAAACCCAAUAUAAAAUAUAAAAAACUUAACUGUCUUGAAUUAUUUUGUUGGGCUGUACAUUUAUAUUGUAUAACGAAAUAUAAAAAAAUUCACGAGGCUCUUAAAAUACAGUCAGGCGGUGAUGAGAAUCAAGGAAUUUAUUUUCUGUGGCCUAGUAUGGAAAUUGCAAUUAGUGUGAAAGUUGGAUUUCCACGUACUAUUACCAACGACGAAGAUCCAUACUAUUUCCAUAGUAAGGAUUUUGGGAAAAAAUUUCCAGUGAUAGCUAAUAGAAGUAGUAGCUACAGUGUAAAGUAACGUUGAUGACGAUGUUCUGAAUAAAUUGAAGUCGACUUCUAAUGUGCUUAUUCGAUCUGAUGCACACCCUAUAUAUGAAUAGAAGUAAUCUAUUCUUCUAACUUGCGUGCAGUACGACCAUCAAUUUUGUGAAAACAUUUUACCAUGAAAUGCAUUUUACCAUCAAAUGCAUUUUACCAUCAAACGUAUUAAUCUCAUUGUAUAUUCCCAAUAUAGAGAUGCAUCUUUUGGUGCUUGUACUUUUAAUCUCACAAUUCUGGACUGCCUAAAUGGUAUUUAUAAGGUACAGUAUUUCCUAAAGUAUACAUGCAUUAUAUACUUGAGUGUAUAAUAUGUAUAUUGUGUUCAUUUAAAAAAUUUAGGAUUUUAGCUUGUGUAAAAACAUUUCUUAAAAAUCGUGGAUGUUGUCCUUGACUCAAUUUCUGAAAUAUAUUUUUAUUUCAAACUGUUCAGGCUUUGCAGAAUAAGUUUUUUGACUUCGACACAUUUGACGUUGACGAAUAUGAACAUUAUGAGGUUGGUUUAACAAAUUUACAUUUCUGUUUCUAUGCAGAAUUUCUUAUUUUUUCGACAUGGUUGUUAGUAAAUAAUGAAAUAAACCUAUCAUGAUAUUUUUUAACUUUAGAGAGUAGAAAAUGGCGAUUUCAACUGGAUAGUACCAGGUAACCAUGCAUGAAGACUAAAGGCUCAUUUCCACUCAAGAAAAUUUUCCGCGGAAAGAAAAAUGUGAUUGGCCAACAAAUUCUCCGUCGGAAAAAAUUUUGAAGUUGAAAAUUUUCAACUUUUAACAAUGAUAUUUUCGGAAAAUUUUCUGUCAGUGGAAAAUUUUCUUAAGUGGAAAUGGGUCUUUAAAUCUAUGAAGGACUAAUAUAGUUUAAAUUCUUUAUGAUCCAGAGGUGGAAAAUGUUGUUUUCUUUCUGGGAACCUGGAUUUAGGGCUCAAAAUUUUCCAAAAAAGAUUACAAUAACAUUCAUACCCGCCCAGACCUCACAGACUGCAUGUGUUUCCACUGCAUGCAUGGGAGACUUUAAUUGUUAACUUGUAAUUUUUUCCUCAUUUCAACAGGGAAAUUUCUUGCGUUCAGUGGACCCCAUAACAAGACUAGAAUUCUCAAUGGUACGUCAUUAUUAUACGAUGGAUCAUUACAGGUUGUCAUGUUGAAGGAGAAAAUUGAUUAAUGCCGUACUACAGUAUAGCCCCCUUUCUGUAUAUCCCAACAUAUUAGGCAGUAGUGCGAUGCAAACUCCGAAUUUUCAACGCCGGCUCCAGCUACGUUGGUUCACAAAUCAGGGGACAACGUUUUUAACCGGAUUAUGGCCGUUUUUAACCGGAUUAUUUGGGUCGAUUUGUCCUCCAGAUAAGAUGACGUGAUGCAGCGAAUUAGCCUUUCUCACGCCGCCAUUUUUGGGGUACUGAAAUUUUUCGUAAACGAUUAUAACAAUAUGAAAAGCAAUAUUUCAGAACAAACUAACUAUUUACACUUUACAGAGUAAAUUUACCAUCAUACACCCGCAAAAUUAUAAAAUGUCGCCGUUACGUGGUGUUACGCUCGCAGGAUUGGCAAAAAAGUACCCCAAAAAUGGCGGCGUGAGAAAGGCUAAUUAAAUAUGACGCUUGCGAUUUACAACUUUUCCUAUAAAGGUAGAUCACAGACAUUAUGACUUAUUGCAAUUUGGCCGUUUGCAGUCCUGUAGCUGAAAAUGGCGAAAUGAUGGUUGUACACAACAGAUAUGACUUCAGAUUAUAUGUUCUUUCAGCAAAUUCAAUGUUGCCAUGCAGUAUUUGUAACCAACGAUAAUUCUUCGAAAUUGUUACUCUUCUCAUUCUGACUCCAGCCGGAGCUGGGUAAAUGCACUGAAACUCCGUCCUCGCGGCUAUAACCAAAAACAUCCGAGCACCGGCAGAACUUCAACAUCUGGUUCAUUCUUGAAUUCAGAAACCGUAAUUUAUACAGUUUCACGUUCGUGAUUUCAAGCAAGAACGGCUGGCAUCAUUCUUAUUGACUACUUCAUUUUGUACGGAUAACUGGAUAAGAUCCAAUGUUGACCAAAUGCGUAAUUAAAAUGUGUAAGCUAAUUAAAAUAUAGUUUUCGACUAUAAAAUUUCGGCAUUCAUAACAUGGUUGACUGUUGCAACAAAGCUAAAAAUGCAUUUAAAUAAUAUACUGUACAUACAUAUUUCGAAAUCAGCAAGAGUGACAAUGGACAGCUUGCAUUUUUUAGACUAAAUUUUAAUCUAAGUAAAGAGAAAGGAAUCAAACACCACAGCUAAAAAGAACAUAAUGAAAUUAGUAAAAUUGCAAAAUUUGGUUGCAAAAUGUUGUAAAGAUUGGAAAAUAUAGUCUAGCAAAUUUUUGUAUAUGUUUGUAUUUAAUACGUGCGGAAAUUGUUACCAUUUUUCGGCUCAAAAAUGAUAACAAUUUCCGCACGUAAUACAAACAUAUACAAAAUAUGCAAACUUUGCAAUAUUUUCGCAAGGCUAUAUUUUCCAAGCUUUAUAACAUUUCGUAACCAAAUUUUGCAAUUUUAUUAAUUUUAAUAAGUUCUUUACGGGAAUUUCCUUUUUUUGCCUAGAUCAAAAAUUAGUCUAACAUGCAAGUUGUCUAUUGUCGCCAAAAAUGUCCAAUUUUUUAUAAAUUGUUUUGAAUUCAACACCGUAUUGGUCCGCGUCUCUAUUGCUUUUUUCGCAGAUCCUGGUUCGAUCUAAAAUUGUAUACAAUCCUUCCGCUCAAAAUUUCCAUCUGCAAAAGAUCCUUCAACUUCUAAGUCAUAACUUUGUACACAUUUAGGUUAUCCGCUGCAUGCUCCUGAGUCUUACAUUCCAUAUUUCCGUAAACAUGGCAUUACUACGGUAAUUCGCCUGAAUAAGAAGAUGUACGAGGCAAAGAGAUUUACAGAUGCUGGCUUUGAUCACUAUGAUUUAUUUUUUAAUGACGGCAGCAUUCCUGUUGAUUCAAUUGUCAGGUAAACAUCGUGGGUAGAUUUAUUGAGGGAGGGGCAUUUCCUGCAGGUUCAAGCAGCCUCAGUGCUUACUAAGAGUUUUACCUGCUGUAUCGACCCGUACCAAAAUAUGCAUAUUUUAUAUAAAACCGUUACUGUUAAUACUAUAGUAAUGAACUUGGUAUGAAUUGCGUGCAAAAAUACGGAGUACGCUUUAAUGCAGGGAGAUUAUAGCCUGUGUACAGCCGUUACUCUCGACGAAGCGCGCGAGAGAACGUCUGUGAGUUGGAUGCAUAAUCCUUGUUCAGGUCACGUGGAUAGUUCCCAGAUUUGGGGACCGGCCUCUGAUUGGACAGUGCUUUAUUUGAAUAAUUUAUGACAAAUGAAGCUAUUUCAUUGGUUAAUUAAUAAUUAGCAUGCGUUUAAAAUAACAACACAAAAAUAUUUAAAUUCUAGAUCAAGAAUCAAGAUUUCCUACGGGGCAUACAAAGGUUUGAAAGACUUGAAAUACAAUCUGAAAAACGAUACACCAGAAAUAUAUUGCAUAUAUCUCUCGAUGAAAAGUUUUGUUUUGAGUGCGAACAAUGCUGAACGAUGAUCAUUGCCGGCAAGACCGGUGUACAAGCUCAUUAUAUGGCGUAUAUUUGUUUACAAAGACAAAGUAUUAAAUAUAAACACAACUGGUUAUUCAAAAGGUGCAUUUUAAAGUAAACACAUGGUAGCCUCGGUUUCUUUUGUUUCAACAGGGACGUUUAAUCACGUAUUUCCCUCAUUACCCAUGCAUACGCUUUUGUCUUCUAAAUUUCCCCGGGAAACGGGGAUAUUUAGUUGAAAACAAAGGAUUUCUUUGUCUUCUAAUUUUCCCCUGCAUGCUUGAUGAGGGAUAUUUAGAAGACAAAAGCGUACCUCAUUACCUCUGAUUGGAGAGCUGUACCUCAUCGGGAGGGGGACCUUUACUAAACCUCCCUCGGUUUGCGGGGACAUUUAAUCACUAAUUUCCCUCAAAGCAUGCGUUUACUUAUAAUAAUUAAAAGUUAACUGGUCAAGUAAGACGAAGUUAAACACAUUACAUGUAAAGAAAAUGCUUUAUCGCGAGGGGUCGGGACAUAUAAACAGAUUGUUAAUUUAUUAAAUUGUCAAUUAUAAAUUGUCCGAUAGUUUGUUGUAUUUUAUAUAUUUGUCAGCAUUGUUCGCUGAGUGUCCGAACACUAGAAUUUUAUCUUGAUUUUCUUAAACUUCGAUACAGCACAAAAUUAAACUCAACAGAUUAUAUUUCUAGUCUUUCAAACCUUUCUAUGCCCCGAAGGAAAUCUUGAUUCUUGAUCUGGAAUUUAAAAAUUUUUGUGUUGUUAUUUUAAACGCAUGCUAAUUAUUAAUUAACCAAUGAAAUAGCUUCAUUUGUCAUAAAUUAUUCAAAUAAAGCACUGUCCAAUUAGAGGCCGGUCCCCAAAUCUGGGAACUAUCCACGUGAGCUGAACAAGGAUUAUGCAUCCAAUUCACAGACGUUCUCUCGCGCGCUUCGUCGAGAGUAACGGCUGUACACAGGCUAGGAGAUUACGGCAUUACAUUUAUUCCAGACAAUAUAAGGAUGAUGUAGAAAUGCAAAUUUUAGUGACGAAAAAAUACUCACGUAAAAUGCAUUUAUUAAAAUUUCACUUAUUGUUGAUAGGCAAUAGUUCACAAUUACAGGGAAAGCAUGCAUUAAACACCAAUACCAUCUCUAUUUUACCUUUAGACGAUUUUUGACAGUCACAGAAUCAGCCAGUGGUGGUAUCGCAGUACAUUGCAAAGGUAAACUGUUUAUCUGUUAUCACAUAUCGUCUGAAAAUACCAUCUACUAAAAACACAUCUACAUUAUAUGUUACCACGCCAUGUUUUAGUCAGGUUUUUAGAGAGCGUGUUACACCAAAGCGAGACUCGGGGUUGAAAUCAAUUUAUCCUUUUGAACAUUGCUACUACUGUUGUUCCUUCACAUUUUCGUAAAGAGAAUCUUUAGCAUAGACGGAUUUUGUGGGGGGGUGCAGGGGGGUGCUACCCCCCCAAUAUUAGCUAUAACCCCCCCAAACAAAAUGUCCACCCCUCCAAAAAAAAUUUCAACCCCCCCAAUAUAUUCGGCAUAAUAAAAAAUAAUUAAAUAGUCCACUCCAACGUGCAGAGUGUUGAUGAUACAAAAUAAACGUAGGAGUACACUCAAAUAGAAAAAGACAGUGCAAUACUCUGAAACUAAUUGCUCCUCGCUUGCAUUCACUGGUUUAUUGGACCAAUUGUAAAGUUUUGAAACUCUAUUAUCUCCCCUGAAUAGAGUUUGCAGUGCCUUGUCAUGCAAAUAGCUUGCUUGCAAGGAACGUUUGGAAAUUUUACGAACAUUAUUUUUAGUUUUUAAUUCUUUUAGGAAAUAGUCUUGCCUAGAUUUAAUCUUUACGUCCCAAAUAUUAUUUACAUCGGAGUUGCAUCAUAAAUUGUACUCGGAUUCAAACGACACAAUGUCAAUGAUUUUAUAAAAGUAAAAGUAUAUUGUGUAUUGGCCUAUUGGGUUUACACUUUUACCGAUUCAUUUAACUUUAACUCUCUCAAGUCUCGACAGACAAUUGGACAGGCCAAAUCCAUUGAUAUGACAACUUCAGGCUUUCUUGCCAUCCUACUUUUCCUACUUUUUCCUACUUUUCUUCAACUUUCCUACUUUUCCUAUUUUUUAUUAAAAAUUGCUUGAUUUUCCUACUUUUUCCUACUUUUUCUCAUAAAAUCCUACUUUUUUAAGACAGCUUGGGGAAUCAGUAUGUUAUAGCUCUCGUAAUUAGAUCUAUAGGACUCGUAAUUUUUAUUCGCUAUUUGUGUCUCACAUGAUAAGAUCUCAGGAAGAAAAGAAGUACAUUUUCCUGGUAUAAAAUUUCAUAGCAUCUCUAGAAUCACAAUCAAUAAAUUAAUGAAGACUCUGAAAGUGCCAUUUCCGACAAUCUAGAGAUUCGAAAUAUUCAACUCCCCCCUCAGUUAAUCAAGCAUCAUAUAUACAGGGCCGUAGCAAUUUGCUAAUAAUCAUUUUUUUUUCAAAAUCAUGCAGACCUUUAUUAUUUAAUCCAUGACGAACUGUGAAGAAUGAAGAUAUUACCCAUAUACUUUCCUGCAACUUAUCCAAUAUAUAGUUAAUUAAAUACGCCUUCGCCCAUUUAGUACUACUAAAUUGUAAAUUUUGACAUACUAAAAUUCUGUUUUCUGACCAUUAGAAUUCUGUCAAAUCUUUCCCAAAGUCCAGGAAAUGGCAUUUCAGAGACUCUAAAUUUAAAAAUUUCCUCGGGCCUUUGGCCCUUGCUUUCAGCCAUAUAUAUGCUUUCAGGCCCCCCAACAAUCGAAAAGAGCUUCCUACGGCCCUGAUAUAUGCUUCUACCGCAGUGUGGAUUGGUGCAUUGUGUAACCCAAUACAUGCAUUUGAAUUGUGUUGCUGCAGAGCAAAUGCCUUAGCUUUUAUACCGAUGCAAUUUAAAAGUUUUGAGAAAAAAAUCCUGCAUAGAUGAAUGAGUACAUAAAAAUAUUGAGCACCAAAAAUUCACACAACUUCCCCAUCAGAUAUCUAAUGGUCUACCCCUUACCACAUAUAUCCUAGGGGCCAAUUUUGUAUAUUUUUGUGUUAUUUGCAUCUCCAAAACUCCUACUUUUGUCCUACUUUUCUACACAUUUUCCUACUUUAUUCCUACUUUUCCUAAAAUUCUAGUCCUACUUUUGUCCUACUUUUCUACACAAGGAUGCCAGAAAGCCUGCAACUUAAAAAAACGUUUUUUCGAAGCUAGAAAUCAUGUUUUUUUAAGGGAUACUUUGUUUUCUGCUCUCUAGACUCCCACUCGCGGCUCUAGUGCUCCGCCCCUAGAAUAUAGACCUUACUGGGGUUUGGUGACACUUUGUGUUGCUCCAGUCACCUGCUCGCGGCUCACCCCCCUAAAAUUUCUGGCACCACCCCAGUAAAAAAUAUGAAAAUCCGUCUAUGAUCUUUAGUUAGUUAAUCUAGUUCCUAUAGGGUAGCAAACUAGUCUAUUUAUUAAACCCGUCCAGAUAGAUCUGAAGAAAAGCGAGUUCAGUGUUACCGUUAACAUGAAAAUGAUGAAAUUGCAUUCUAAAAGUCACUGAUCACUUUUAUGUUUGGAAAACCAAUCAUAAAGCAUGUAGUCUUUAUUGCUAUGUUGCCCCAAUGGCCUCGUUUUCAUGUGGCGAUUUUCUCAUGUUUCGUGCACAAUAGUCUGUUCGACAAUUUCUCCUUAUCCCCCGAGUUUAAGGAUAGGUUUGUGAUUGGGCUCAAGAUCAAAGAGAAACAUAUUUGUGUAUGAAACAUAGGGAAAUAACCUUCAUGUGUGCUUGCCAUGCUAAAACAGGCAAACAUGAAAACGAAACCAUUGGCAUUGUGGCAGACGUGCAAUAAAUAGUAAAUAUCGAGAUUUUGUUGGCAUCUCAUUCGAUUCAAUAAUAGUUGAAGGGUCUUGUAGCUGGAAAUUAUCGAGUUUAAAUUUAUAUACAUUUAUUAGACAAAUCAAACAAAUCUCGAUAUUUACCCAUAACUUAAACAUGGCAGUACCCUACAUGAACUUGUGGUUAGAGCUCGACAACUGGCCUCAGUUGGUUAGAGCGCUGCACCGGAAUCGAUUCCUGCUGGGGACCUAUAGUUGUUUUUUUCGCAGCUGUUCUUGGUUAUGUCUAAUGUAUGUAUAUAAAUUUUCACUCGAUAAUUUCCAUCUACUGAUCUACAAGACCCUUCAAAUAAACAGCAAAGUCUUUUGAUGCAAUUCUGACUGAGCCAACUUGGUUUUAAAGUGUGGUACAUAUUUUUCUAGCUGGACUUGGCCGUACUGGAAGUUUGAUUGGUUGUUAUAUUAUGAAGCAUUUUCAUUUUUCUGCCGCAGAAGCAAUAGCAUGGAUGAGGUGCGAAUGACGUGAUGUGUACUUUCCAUUGAAAUUAAUAUUACUGGAACGCUACCUUCAGAUAAACUGCCUAUCUUUUUCUUGAAGCCAAGACACGCGUGUUUAUUUCAUGAUUGACCAGAGCGCUUAUAUAUAUAUAAGCGCCCUGUGAUUGACUGAUUGCAUGAGCGCUCUUCGCAUGCGUGAAAAGACUGGGACUGGCCUUCAAGUUUGGCUUCAAAUUUCCGGUUGGAGAUAGCGUUCCAGUUAUACUCAUUUCAAUGGUACUUUCAGUUAUGUCAUCGAGUCGGUGGGGGGGGGGGGAUCACUUGUCUCGGGCACCAACAUUAUAGGUGCUCCCCACCUCAUGUUAAAGAUUUCUCUCCCUGUGCACCGGCGUCGAUGUACAGAGGGGAGCUCUACAAAUAUUGCGUUGCCUCCGCUGUUUUAAAAUUAUGACGUCAUACUGCCCCCAUAUUGCCAUCAUAUUGCAACAUGGACGUCUUUUCAACCAAUCAAGGAAUAAGAAUUUCAGAUAGAAGAUCAAGUAAGUACUGAUUACAGUAAGUCAGACUGCCGGUUAAACAUGGCCCAAUGAAGGUAAAAAAAUGCGUAAUGGGGGCUCACUUGAAUUUAGACUGCCUUCAAAUUUGGAGAAUUUGCCUUUUUGUGGUUUGCAAUAAAUUGGCAUUUUAUUAUCCGCUAAUAACGAAUUUUUCACCUUGCAGAAUAUGCCGUCCUGGGUCUGUAAUUGGUCCACAACAAAACUUUUUAGAAGAGUAAGUGAUUUGAUUAAUGGUUAUCUUUGAAAACAAUUAUUGAAUGAAGUUGGGUAUGAUAAUGAAGAGUUAUUAAAGCCGAGGUUCUCUCUCGUCCGCAGAGGCUUACAUGAAGUUUCUAGUGAGGGAAAAGUGAGCGCGCAAGGAGUGAUGGGAAGAGCUAAAUAAAGGAAGCCUCUGCGAGUUAAUGCAAUCAAAAUGGCGUCGUAUAUAAUCGUUUGUAGCGAAGUUCGAUCAACCAUCGAGGGUGUUAAAACAUGUUUUCGACUUUCAUUUUCACGCGUACUUGAGUAUCCUGGGGUGAAUUCAAUAUCAAUAUCUUCUUCUGUCCAUUUGCAUCGAAAAAUAUUGAGAAAUUGCAAACGAAUAUCAAUGGAUACCAGCUAUCUGAUUAUAAAUAUCCUCAAAAUUGCAACAUUUCUUUAUAAAAAUGACUCUAUUGAACUUCGAUACUCAGAUUAUGAAGAUUCAUUUCAAUUUCUUUCACAUUUCCGUCGAUUUCAAGUUUAAAAAAAGGUCGAACAACUAGUUUGGUUCAAAAACCAUACUUCGUCGCAUUAUCUGGCAGAGCCUCCCCAACUUCAUUUCAAUCUUCCCAUCAAUCCGCGCGCGCUCGCUCACUUUUAUUCAGGAAACUUCAUGUAAGUUAUUUCUAAAUACACAAGGAGGCUCUGCGGAGGAGAGAGGCCGAGGUUUGUUUUACGUGCAGAAGCCGAAGUGGAUAAUACAAACCAGGGUCUUAGCUAGGAUUUUAUAUCUUGGGCGUGUUUCUAAAAUUCCAGGGUGUGCCCAUGUCAAUUGCCUUGAAUAACCAAAAACACGAUAGUCCAGUAAGUCCAGUAAUGCUUGUCAACAAUAGAACAACCUGUGGUUGUUCUAUAUACCUUUCAACCAAAUACAAGGCGAGCAUACGCUCAUAUUUCGCACUGACAUAAUUAUUUGAUAAUUGACAUUAUAAUUGACAUUAUUUUAGCAACUCUUGGGACAUUAAAAGCCAUUUUAACAACCAUACGGUGCCCAUUAUCCAUCAAAACAUUAAAACAUCACGGAUCACUUUUACCAAUUUCAACAACUGCAGAUCAUUUUACAAAGAAAUUAUGUAUGUUGUGAGUAGCAGCACCUUAUUUUAUGAACCUACAUGCACGGCCAAAAAUAAAUACUGAAGCCGCGUUCAUUUCAUCUAGCCGUGUUUUUACAUUGUUGGCCGCGUUAACACGGCCAACACGGCCUUCUAGCUAAGACCCUGAUACAAACCUAAUCACUGUAUUCAAUAAUUACUUUUAUUAAAAUGUUUAUUUAUUUAUUUAAAAAAUUUACCCUAAGGCGGGUGCAGGGGCGGCGGAACAGGGGGGGCUAGGGGGGCUAAAGCCCCCCAGAAGUAAAAGUGGGGGGGCUUAGCCCCCCCAGAAAAUUUGAAUUUUUGGAAAAAAAUUUGAUAAUUACGGAAAAAUUUAGGUUAUUUUUUGAAAAUUUAGGUAUGAGGGGACAAAUUUGCAAUAUUUUGUUUAAAAAAAGUGUAUUUCGGAAAAAAUUUUUAGAUAUAAGUACGAAAAAAAUUUUUUCGUCCCUUUUUUUGUAUAUUGUACCCCUAAAAUGGUACACUGACCGAAAUUUUUUUGGCGACGGGGGGGGGGGGAGGUCGCCGAAAAAAUUUAGCCCCCCCAGAAUGAAAUCUGUUCCGCCGCCGCUGGGCGGGUGUAACUAUAAGAGGACACGAGGUCCCAUACUAGAUAGUACACCUAUGUUAUUGCAUUCUAUGUUACACCUACUGUACAUGUACGUUAUUGCAUUCAGUAAUGUUCCAUCCUUAUGUUAUAUUUUUCUUCAUCAAUAGAAAGCAAGCGAGUUUAUGGAUACAAGGAGACAUUUUUAAAACCAGACAUAAAGAUGUGAACGAAAAUGGUGAGAUGAUAACAUUAAGUCGAAUAUAUUCUGUUUCCGCGAGAGCCGGCAAAGAAUACAUGUGUUUGUGUGCAGACGACCUCAAAGGUGUGGUCAGGUCUUGCUUGUGACGCAUCCUAUAGUUAUACAUUCAUUUGGGAAUGUAGGUAAGCCCGCAUAUAAGAUAUUUACUGAGACCAUGGCUACUGUUUGCGAGAUGAAUUUUCCAUAUGAGCACUCUAUCCUUCAGAUACUACUUGGUCUGUCUUCAAUUACUAUGCAUCUAUAGAACACUUUAUUUUUUUACCAGUACUCAACGCCGUAGGAACAAUAACGACAGGGGUGGACUCUUUGAGAAUUGAAAGUUCUGUGAUUGACACUUCACCGAAUUCCUUCAAGGUAACGCAUAUAAUGUUUUCAGUAGAAUCAUGUAAUACUGAAUGAUAUGUUAUGUAAUUCUAAUAUCCAUUGUACAGAGCUUCCAGGCAUGCAGAAGAGGGGGACUCUGGGGGGGAGGGGGGUUCAUGUCGAUAUAUUCGCAGAUUGCAUAAUCAUAACCUGGAACGUUCUUUGCAACAGUAGGGUUGAAAUGAUGGGUAACGAUUUUAAUAAUUUGUGCUUGAUUACUAUGAUCCUACCAUUAUAUGUAUCUCUACUAUGAAAUAGCUUCGGUAUGUUGGAAUCUCUUUCUUCAAGAAACAUUAUUUGAAACAUUUCUAGGACCAAAAAUUAAUACUGGAACGUUUCAUUUUUAUCAUGUUGCACCCUUCUUGUCACCUCCACAUCUUGUCAGCCCGCUCUUCGUUGAGAUCCCCUCCCCCUUGUUAUUAUUUCAGUUCCACACCAAACAACACCAUACGUGUUGAAAAACGAGAUUCUGGUCAGGUUUCAUGUGAUAUAAGUCGAAUCUCAUUGUGAUGAUAGACGUUGUCUUCGCGUUGCCCACCUGCUUUCGUACGCUGUCACACCCGUAAGGUGUCUAAGUUACAACAUCCUAUGGAACCAUAAUUAAACCAUUUUAUAGAAUUCACUUUAUAGAAUUCACUUUCGUAAAUAAUCUCUAUUUGGAUGAGUCCAAUUUGGAUGUCAUGCAAACUCCCCAUAGAAAACCAUUUUAUAGAAUUCACUUUAUAGAAUUCACUUUCGUAAAUCAUCUCGAUUUGGAUGAAUCCGAUUUAGAUGCCAAUUUCCAUGCAUGAUGAUGUUACCUCAUAUUAAAAGUGGUCCAUCACUAAAUAUUUUCUCCCUUGUCUUUGUGUACCUCUGCAGGAUAUAUCAAGCUCCCUGUUUAAUUCCACACUAAGUAAAUCCAGGACGUCAAAAUCAAUAAGUGCAGUGACUCGAAGUUCAGUGAAAGAUGAAAGUCAUGAUGAAGAUAAGACAUCCACACAAGGUGAUGAACUACGGAAACUGAAGUCUAACUGGUCUUCAAGACAUCCGCGUUGUGCUACUACUGGAGCAAUCAGGUAAUACGUCACAAAGCUGGUGAUAGUUUUUCAUAGUUUUACAGGGACAGUCUAUUUAACAAAUAGAUAAGAUUUUGCCGUUGUCUGUUCAGUAAUAGAUACACAGUAUGACGUCAUAAUGUGCGAAGAACAAAAAAGUGGCGCACGAGCCGCCGAGGCGAGUGGGUCACUUCUUUGUUCCGAGGCGAGUGGGUCACUUUUUUGUUCUUUCCACAUUAUGACGUCAUACUGUGUAUCUAUGACUGAGCAGACAACGGCAAAAUCUUAUGUAUUUGAUUUAUACAAUAAAAGGAACCCCCGAAUUAAACAGGUAAAUAGCUUACUUUUUAUCCACCCAAACAUUUGAAAAAUUUGAAAAAGUCGAAAUUUUACAAAUAUCCCCUCAGAGAAUAAGAUUUGUGUCUCUUGACUUUUGUUAGUUUCAUAGUUACUUUAGUAAUAAUUUUGUUUUCAGAGUUGAAGACCUCCGUUAUGGACAUACGAGAACGACAUCGAGUCGUGGCCAUAGGUAAGAUACGUGUUCAAACGCGUAUAUUUUCACAACAUGACAGCACUUGUUGUUGUCAUACUGAAUAAUUGUGACUUCCAGUACCGCUACCAUGAACCAAUCAAAUGCGUUUAAUCUACCCAAUUAACCAAUCAGAUGCGAACUGAUCCGAACUGACCUAUCUGGAUCUACAGUAUCUUGUCUUUUAUUCUUUUGUGUUCUGUACUGAUGUAUGAAAUCGCUCUUUAACAACGAUAGAAAUAUGUCAACAUUCUCUCGCCGCAGUCACCUGAACAUGGUUAUGAUCAAAAGAGAAUGACAGGGUUCGUACGGGUCCUGGAAAACCUGGAAAGUCAUGGAAUUUCAAUAUUCCAAAAUCCAGGCCUGGAAAUCCUGGAAAAUCAAUUUUAGUCCUGGAAAGUCAUGGAAAAUUGAAAUUUUACAUAACAUUAACAAAGUAUUUUACUUAUUUCAAUUUACCAGUCAUAACAAUAAUAUGAAUUGUUGUUAUAUAACGGAUUUUUGCAAGAGCGAAGUGAAUUUUGUUCUUUUAUUAUAUCUGUUAUCGUUAAGGUUACAGGACACCCUUUUUGGCGUUUUGCGGAAAAUCGCUACUGCGCGCUCAAAAUCAGUCCGAUUUUCAUCAAAUUUUCACCAAAUGUUAGCCAGUGCAUGUAAAAUAUGGUAAAGUUGUAAUAUUGACAAAUAAUAAAAUAAUGUAAGAAUUAUUCAGGAAAACAUUAAAUCGCGGUACCGUUACGCUUUUGAGUUAUGUUCCUACUGAUUUUAAGAUAUAUUUAUGACAAUAUCAUUUUUAUACAGUAAAAUUAUUUAUAGUUGUUCUAAAUAAUUGUGUUCGGAAAUUUUUGUUUAUUUCGUCAUUCCGCUGAAAUGGCGUUUUCUUUGACGACUGCAAUAUAUUUCUGAAUCGUUUGAGUGAAUUGCUGCUUAUUAAUAAAAUAUCCAAAAUUAGAAAAAAGCCGAACACAAUUUUGAAACUGACGCCUUUAGCUAUGUCCUGUGAAAAUUUGAGAAAAAUUCGUUAAAACCCGCAGGAGAACAACACGUUUGAAAAUCAGUAAUUGCCGUAAAAUUCUUUGGGAGAAAAUUGAAUUUGAAUAUUACAUUUUCAAUGUUUUUCUUAUUGCAGCGAAAUGUAUUUUAUUAAAUAUAACUCUGCGAGUUUUCAACAUUUUUCGUUCAAAUUUGGUCAGAUAGUAGAACUACAGUAGUCCAAUGCUUUCAUGGAAACCAAUAAAAACAUUUUAGGCAAAAUUAACACUCAAAGGUGUUCUGUAACCUUAAAAUAUUAACGAAUUUCAGAAAUUCCAGACUUCCAGGUCAUGGAUUUUGAAAAAAAAAUGGUCAUGGGAAGUCAUGGAAAAGUCAUGGAAUUUUAAAUGGGAGAAGGUGUACGAACCGUGGAAUGAGAGAGUUGACACUCACGCGACCGUGGUUAUAGCGUUCUUAACGCGUUUCUAACACUAUCAUGUAUUCUAUUUAAGUUAAAACAUAGUUGGAACACUCAUCAACCUUUAUCUUGAUAAUCUAGAGCUUCAAAUGUCCCCAUAACAACGCGUGACUGCCAACACUCAUCAACUCCCAUCCUCGUUUGACUGGGGCUUAAUUAUUGCCCCAUGUAAUUUGCAGUGCCAUAUAUAUAAAUUUCUUAUUUUCUCGUUUUAUAGAUUGACUAGUUCUUUGGCCAUGCAGUCUGUUAUCUCUCCUCUUAAAACUUCAAAAGUUACAGCUAUACCUCGACGUACGACCAGAAGUACUAGCCAAGCCCUGAAAAGGUAAAAUUCAUUCCAUUUAUACAAUAGGCAAUAAUGACAAGUUGCUCGGAUCACGAGAAUAAAAUAUUCCAGAGGAAUCAACAGAAAACACAAAGCUGCAGUAUGUACAGUCGAACCCCCUAUAAACUGACACAUCUCUUAUGCCCCUUAGGGCAGGUACAUACUUUCGCUUUCUUUUCGUAAGAAACUAAAUCUUGAAUGCAUGCUUGUUAUUUUCUGCAGUCGUAGUGGUAGUGGAGGACGAACUACGUUGUCUUUAAAACGAGGUGUAGAUGAAGAAACUAGGGAACUAAAAAAAAGUAAUUCCACAAGGACUGUGCUUUGAAAAUUAUUAUAUGGAGUAUUUAUGGAUGUCGAUAUUUCAUGGGAGGAUGGGCAAUUACGAGAGUUGGAUUAUGUGGAAUAAUGGACAAUUUGUGAAGAUCGGUGUGGAUUAUAUGGAUAGUGAUUGGACAGUGUCCUUGGAAGAUUUGAUCACGAUACAAAGCGCACUAGGAUGAACAAUUGAUAAAUGUUUAGGGAAGAAGUAAGGCUACAUGGUUAUUCGGGAGAAGUGGAAGCCAAUGUUUGCAUAAAGGAAUCAGGCGUGAAAUCAUUUUAUAUAUUGAGAAGAAAAAUAAUACAGUCCAGCGUCAUGGACCCUACAAAGUAUUAUCAAUUUGAAGAAUCGGGAAAAUCCCAAGAAUUUUUAAUUUUUUAUAGGCUGUGAUAAAAGAAUGUCUUCUUUUAAAUCCGCGAAAACCUCACUUUAUUAGACCCUUUUUAUUUGUAUAUGCACACAACGAGACCAAUGGUGUGUAGUAAGUUGUUUCAAACUCAUGGUCUUUUAAUCUGUGUUGUACGCAGAACUGAGCCACAGGAAGGCUGCUUUUUAAAUGGAAUUUGUAAAAUCGUAUGCCCGCGGGGUCUUUAUGUGUUUGUUUGAAUACUGUGCUUUGAAUUUAUAUUUUUAACAAUUUUAUGGGAAGUAUACAUGGUGUCCCAAAAAAAAGUUACACUAUAGAAAUUAUCCUAUUGUUGUUAAGCACAGGAUUUCAUGCGCCUGGUAGUGGUAAUUAAAAAUUCAAUUCCAUACACCCUUUCGAUAAUUACGUCACACACACUUUUUGGUGGAGCCUCGCUCUCAUUAGUAAAUUACGCAAGAUGAUUGGCUCACGAUUCAUGAGAGUGAGGCUCCCAGGCCAAAUGACGUAAUUAUCGAAAGGGUGUAUUGUGUUUAAUACACACUCUUGUGUUCAGCAUAGUGCUCAGGCAUUCAAAUUAUAACAAUAGGACUAUAUAGUGUCACUUUUUUGGGGGCACCCUGUAGAAUUGCCAUAAUCACGAAAUGGAAUCUGGCAUUCCUACUGUAUAUAGUGCAUGACUACUGUUCAGUAUGUUCACGGAAGUACAAAAUCGAUAUUAUAUUGUAUAUCAUUUUUAAUUAAUAUAUAUUAAUUGUAUAUAGUAAUAAAUACAAAUAACAGCUACAAACUCUAACUACAAAGUUUUCAUGUUAAUCUGAAUCAACUGAAGCAGUUGAUAUUAACAUUCUAUGUGAUAUAAUGUAUACAGUUAAUGCUGGGUUUUUCGCUUCAACUAUAUCGAAACGUACGGUAACGUAGCGUUUUCUUUUGAAAUUUAUUAGUUUUGAUUGGAUGCUCGUGCCAAACAAAAACAUAUACGCACGCUUUGGUAUGACCCUGUUUGAAGUUAGAUAUACAGUAAAGGUUUUAAAAAGAUAUUUAGUUUCAUACUAAAUGCUGUUGCAUUUCAUCUUUACACUGUAAUUCUUGAAUAAGAUAAUCGACAUCCUGUACAGCUAGCUAUUAUUUCUAUGAUCAAAACCUUCAACCUCUAAAGCUGGAUUUCCACUAGGCGGAAUUUUGGGCGCGGAGCGGAAUUUUUCUUUGUCUUGUGAUUUCUCGGGUGGAACUAAUUAGAAAAGACAAAGAAAGAUUCCGCUCCGCGCGCAAAAUUCCACCUAGUGGAAAACCGGCUUAAAGGCCGGUUUCCAUUGCAGUCGCUUUCCCCGCGCGGGCGGAGCGGGCUUUGAAAAUCUGCCCACGCGGGCGUGACGGGCGUCAAAAACAAUGAACGCUUCGCACGCGCGGGCAAAGCGAACGGUAAUGAAAACAGUCUUUAAUAUUAAAUUAAAGGGAAAUGGCAAUAUAUUUUUUUAUUUUCUCGUUUGAAAGAACAUUUAAAGCCAUAUAUAAAACUCUUUUACCGUUUUUUUCAUAUCUUGCCUUACUUCUACAAAUAUUUUAAUCGAAAGAAAUGAAAUGUCCGCCAUCUUGGAUUUUUGUGGAUAUGGAUGUUACGUCACAACAGGGGUCACGCAAUAUUUUUAUCUAGACAACCACUAAUCAUUUUGCACUCAAAAUUAUACUCUGUAUGCUCUUGGAAAUAUCAAGAUCACUUGAAACGUUUAAAACAUCUACCAAUCAAUAUUUGGUCAGUGACGAAUACUUUUAUAUGGUUAAUCCCUGUUGUGACGUCACCAAAACUACCGUUAAUGAGAUCAAAAUUUUAUCCAAGAUGGCUGGCAUCUCAUUACUUCAAGUGAAAAUAUUUCAAGAACUAAGCAAGAUAUGAAGAAUCGCUAAAAGAAGUUAUUAAAUAGUUUCAAAAGUUCUUUCAAAUGAGAAAAUAAAAAAAUAUAUUGCCAUUUCCCUUUAAAGGCUAAGCGAGAGAGACACAAUGGGCGUUUUAUCAUUAUGAAUCUGGCUAUGAAUCAGCACUAUACAGGGUGUAUAAAACGCAACCUCGGAUUUUCCCAAGAAAUCGACAUUGUUUAAGGACAAAAGAUUUUAGGUGCCUGGGAUAAAAAAUAGCACAACUGUCAAAAACGCAAAAUUUAUGCAUUUAUUUAAUGACACUUAACAAGCUUUUAUUUUACAACAACAGUAAUAUGAUCUAUUAGCAAUUCCAUUUCAAUUCCCAGGGGCCUAAAAUAUUUUAUGCUUAAAAAUUGCAAAGUGGAUUUCUUAGGGUUUUUUUAUACACCCUGUAGUUAUAUACCGUAUGUUCCGUUUAUUAAAUGUCUUAGUAGUAUAUGCUAAUCAAGUUUAUUAUAUUCCCAACGGAGUUAACUAUGGGUCUAUGCCCCAUAAACAACUUUGCUAUUGAAUUGGGUUAGACGACCCAAUAAAAUCUGAUGAGGUGAAAAUAACGGGAAUUCAUAAAUUGUAAAUCGCAUUUUCCGCAAAACCAAAACGGUUUGUGGGACGUAGCAACCGCAACUAUGGAGUGUCGAAAUUAUGAAUUACAUAGUGUAUGCAUGUCCAUUGUGCUUUUCGCGCUUAGAGGUUGAGGUUAUGGCAACCGUAAUUAAUUAACUGCAUACAUAUCUGUUCUUUCCCUGCAUUCUGUCUUGGUUGUCAACGAUAAAAAGCAAGCAGUUAAUCUCCGUGAAAUUCGUGAUGUUCAGCUCAGAUGUUUAUGGAACCAACAUAGAUUUUUAUUUUCCUCCAGUGUCUGGUGGCAUAACUAACACAGGUAAACCACUGUGUAAUAUGACGUAUUUACUCACACUUCCCAGAAGCGCCCGCGCGAACUUGCCUAGACCGCGUGUUCCCAUGAGAAUGAGACUCACGUGUUCCCGAUGCGCAUGCUCACAAAUAACGACGCCAGGUUCGCCAGUUUUAUAGAUUGUCUUGAACUGUAGCUGUGAGGAAAUAAAGGGAU